AUGGCGGGUGAGGCAAGUGAGGAUGCUAGUGUUGGUUUGAGAGCGGGGACCGCUCCAGGUGGGGGUGGUGCUCCGGCUCAGGGUCGUGAUGACUUGGUGGUAGGUUUGCUGACGCAACUAGUCGCUCGUUUUCUGGCAGAGGUUCCACAAUGGGGCACCGGGAGUACCUCUAGUGGCAGAGGCGCAUCUUCAACAUGGUGCUGCAGAGGGCGUUCAGCCGAGGGCUGCGGGUUUUGGUGUGUCGCCUUAUCUGAAGAUUAUGGAGCACAUGCAGAGGAUUGGCCAUUGAGGGUGGGCGAUUUUGAGUCUCACGUUUUAUUCGACUUUGGACCAUCGAAUUGCUUCAUCACACCGGAGCAUGCCGAGAAGAGUGGCAUCCGGAAUAGCGCUGGCGAGAGCGCGGGCAUGGUCAAGGUGGCAGGAGGUGGAUUCUUGUCUACUUUGGGCCAUGCUAGAGGAGUCGAUAUCGAGAUUGCGGGGCUGUCAAUGCCAGCAGAUUUGGUCAUCAGUACAGUGGAGCUGUAUGAUGUUAUUCUUGUGAUGGACUGGUUGUCGCACUACAGAGUUCAUCUAGACAGCUACAGAGGUAGAGCGGUCUUCGAGCGAGAAGUAGGGAGGUUGGUUUAUCAGGGAAUGAGGCCGAAUUCCGGAAGUAUUGUGAUAUCUGCCAUUCAGGCCGAGCAGUUGUUGGAGCGGGGUUGUGAGGCGUAUAUGGCGACGAUUUCUAUGUCUGAGUUAGGAGCUGGAGUUGCUAUGGAGGUUGUUAAGGUUGUCCAGGAUUUUGAGAAUGUCUUUUAG